GAAGUUUGAUUGAUCGAAUUUGAUUUUGAUUUCACCAUAUGCCUUAAAUAUUCGACAGCAUAUGCCCGUUUAAUCAUUCGAUUUCGUUCCAGUUUGUCAUUUAGUGUGCAUUUUAAUCGUUAGAGUUCGGUUCAGUGCUUUAAAUCUGACAAAAUCAUUGACCAACAACUGUUUACUCAUUUUAUUUUGGUUUUAAACGCAAAAAAAUUGGCUUCCAGAAUGGAAAAACAUGGUGGUGAUGUCAACGAACUAAAGAGAAAAGUGGCUAAUUUGCGUAAACAAUGCAACGAAUACGACACAUUGUUGAAACAUUUUUCACUGCCACACAUUGAUUUGCCGCCAAAUAUGCAGAAAGAUCUGGAUGAACAUGCAGAGUUCAAGAGAAAACUCAGUUUAUAUGCUAUGGAUUCAUCAUUUUUGUCGGAUUUCUAUUGUACAAACACUGAAAAGAAUAUUGGCAAAAAGAUUGCGAUACUGAAAUCAUUCGGAUGUAAUGAACAGAUCGAAAAGCAGCUGAUAAAGACAAAAAGUAAUUUAGCAGAAGCUAAAAGCUUCGGCGAUAGUAUGAAAAAUGAGCAAAAGUGUUAUGGAAACAUUGAUCGAUUGUUACGUGAUGCCGAUUGUCAAAUUAAGGGAUUCAUUGAAAAGAAGCAAAAAUUGAAAGAAAACAUCACGAUUGAUAUCGACCGAAUUUUGAUGAAAUUGGAACAGCUUGUGCCAAAAUGUGAAAAAACUUUUAAAUAACAUUAUUCAAGCUGCAUAUUUUUUUUACAAAUUUACAGUUUGAUUAAAAUCACAAUGUUCAGCAAAUUUAUUGAAUUUGUCCACUAUGUAGUUCAGUGGGUCUUUGGAAUUGUUUUCAAUUAGUAAAUUUGUAUUUUUAGCUUUUUAAUUGGAAUUCUGAAAUUUUAGCAAUUUGAUCAAAUUAGAUAAAGAAACGGUAGCCUUUAUCAAUGAGAAAAUAAAUAGUAUUUGUGAGAUUUACCGCCUAUCUGCUGAAGUGUUCAUGUGAAAAAAUAGCAACCUAUGCUUAUAUGAAGGUAAUUCAAAACGAUGAGGCUAAUUGAUCUUGCGUAGCGCAAAUUUUAAAAAUUGUUUCUGAAUUGAUUCGGAUUUCUUGAUUUUUAAGAUGAAUCGCUGUUCACACAGGGGUGUAUCACAGUUUUACGCAUUAUUUUGAUUGACAAAUUGAUUAAGAUUUCUUCAUUUGGUGAACAGCAUUCAAACGUACCAUUUUGAUCACGAAUGGACAAGAGAAUAUCUUGACAUCUAUUAUUUUAAGGACUUUCCCCCAAAAUUUUCAAAAUUACCUUCGACUGUGCUUAUUUUUGCUCGCAAAAACAUCGUUUUCGAACAACGUAAGACAACUGUAAAAGAGAGUUUAGGCCAAUUUAAAAUUUUAUUUGUUAUAUUAUUUCUUUUAGAAUAAUAUGUUUUUUGACGUUGGAUCAU